UUUGGAACCGUUCCACGUUGGCGACGCAUGCGUAUCAAGUUAUCAACAAAAAUGGCUGGACAAGGUGAUGUCGAUGAACUGUUUGAUAUUAGAACAGCUUUAUACAUUGGAAAUUAUCAGCACUGCAUAAAUGAAGGACAGAAACUUAAGCUGACGAAUCCCGACGUGAAGAACCAGCGUGAUGUGAUUCUGUAUCGUGCGUACAUAGCACAGCGGAAGUACGGGGUGGCGCUCGAUGAGAUCCGGUCGUCACACACGGCCGACCUCCAAGCAGUCCGCAUGUUCGCUGACUACAUGUCCACUGAAAACAGAAGAGAUACCAUAAUAAAAGAUCUGGACAGCAAGAUGAGCGGAAGUGUCGACUUGACCAACAGCACCUUGCUGCUGAUGGCAGCUUCCAUAUAUUUCCAUGAACAGAACUUUGAUGCUGCUCUUCGAACAUUACACCAGUCGGAUGACAUAGAAUGUAUUGCACUGAUGGUGCAAAUUCUUCUGAAGCUAGACCGAGUUGAUCUUGCCAAGAAGGAACUGAAGCGGAUGCAGGAGCUGGACGAGGACAGCAUUCUGACGCAGAUCGCCCAGGCCUGGUUCAACUUGGCUGUCGGAGGAGAUAAACUUCAAGAUGCGUACUACAUCUUCCAGGAGCUGAGUGACAAGCACGCGUCCACGUCACUACUGCUGAAUGGUCAGGCAGCGUGCCACAUGGCUCAGGACAAGUUUGAUGAUGCAGAGUCUGUGUUACAGGAGGCUAUUGAUAAGGAUAGCAACAACCCGGAAACACUUGUUAAUAUGAUUGUUCUGACUCAACACCUCAACAAAGCACCAGAGGUUAGCAACAGAUAUAUUUCUCAGUUGAAGGAUUCUCACAGAAGUCAUCCAUUUGUCCGAGACUAUCUACUAAAAGAAAGUGAGUUUGAUAGGAUAUCCAGAAAUUAUUCUGCAUCAGUGACAGCCUGAUCAUGUCUGCAUUUGUUUUUAAAAAUGUUGUUGUUUGUAAUCAAAGAACAUAUUCUUCAAUCCAGACAGAUCACUCAUUUGUUAGUGAGGAAUGGAAUGAGAAUGGGAGAGUGACUGCAUGUGCAAACAAACGAUGCCACCAACACAAUGAAAUGUGUUGAGGAUAAAAUAUGAACAUAGUGACACGUUCUUUGUAUAUGGUGGAGUGCAAUGUAAAUUAAUGUCUGGUGCAGGACAGUACAUGUUAAUAAAGUACAUGAACUAUUA